CCUGGUGAGUCAAAUAGCCACCCUGGUGAGUCAAAUAGCCACCCAGGUGAGUCCAAUAGCCAACCUGGUGAGUCAAAUAGCCAUCCUGGUGAGUCUAAUAGUCACCCUAGUGAGUCCAUUAACCAUCUUGGUGAGUCCAAUAUCCAUCCUGGUGAAUCCAAUAGCCAUCCUGGUCAGUCCAAUAACCAUCCUGGUGAGUCCAUUAACCAUCUUGGUGAGUCCAAUAGCCAUCCUGGUGAGUCCAAUAGCCACCCUUGUGAGUCAAAUAGCCACCCUGGUGAGUUCCAUAGCCAUCCUGGUGAGUCCAAUAGCAAUGAAGUUUUUGUGCUCAAGGAGUAG